CUGCUGACGUCAAGAAGGACGGCCAUCUUUGAUGAGGGCAGAGCUCUCUUCCAUUGAAGAAGAAGACUCGAGGAGGUCAGGGACGGUGGUUCUCGCCUCCUGCAGCCACAGCCUCAGCCAGGGUUAUACGGCAGACUGCAUCGGCUGAAGCCGGUGACGAUCUGAGAAUACCUGUACACAGUAAUCCCCUAAUCCCAAAACACACAUCAGACCACCAUGGCAGAAGACGCUGACAUGCGCAAUGAGCUGGAAGAAAUGCAAAGGCGUGCGGACCAGCUGGCUGAUGAGUCACUGGAGAGCACCCGCCGAAUGCUUCAGUAUGUUGAAGGGAGUAAAGAUGCUGGUAUCAGGACUUUGGUUAUGUUGGAUGAGCAAGGAGAACAACUUGAUCGUGUUGAAGAUGGCUUGAACCAUAUCAACCAAGACAUGAAGGAGGCCGAGAAAAAUUUAAAAGAUUUAGGGAAAUGCUGUGGCCUUUUCAUAUGUCCUUGUAACAAGCUUAAAUCAAGUGAUGCUUACAAAAAGGCUUGGGGCAAUAAUCAAGAUGGCGUUGUAGCAAGUCAGCCUGCACGUGUUGUGGAUGAACGUGAGCAAAUGGCCAUUAGUGGUGGCUUUGUCCGUAGGGUAACAAAUGAUGCUCGAGAAACAGAAAUGGAUGAGAAUCUGGAUCAAGUCAAUAGCAUUAUUGGAAAUCUUCGCCACAUGGCUCUUGACAUGGGCAAUGAGAUUGACACGCAAAAUCGCCAGAUUGACAGGAUCAUGGAGAAGGCUGAUUCCAACAAAGCCAGGAUUGAUGAAGCCAAUCAACGCGCUACAAAGAUGCUGGGCAGUGGUUAGAGGACACAAAGUAUAUUUGAAACCCCAAGCUGUCCCACCAGACAGCACUUUCAUGCUUUUAUCAUGGUAUUUCAAUACUAGGUUUGCACACAUGCACAUAUCAGCCCCCAAUGUAAAUGUUGUCCUGUGUAGUAUGUCAGCUUUCCAAAAAUUAUACUUAUUUCUUUUCUAGAUAUCUUCCUUUCCAAAGGUUGUAUAUAUAUAUAUAGUGAUAUAGCUCACUAUUACAUUUUUUUGUUUAUUUUUUUUUAUGAUGUUUGCUGAAUGACAACAAUGUAGGAAUGUUAAACGUGCUGUUGUCCUUAAACUAUACAGUAUUGUUCUUGUAAAACUGUGACAUUCCACAGAGCUACUGCCGUCUUCUUAUUUUGACGUCAUAAAUAAUAAUGCUGUUGAACUUGCUGUCAUCGGUUCUCAAUGGCUUCCGUUUGUUAUGAUUUCAUGAAUAGAACGUGGAACUAUAUAACUAUAAUAAGCAUUGCAACACAAGUGAUGUGAGUUAUGCAGUUAUGCAUGAAAAUAAUAGACAUUUAGAUGCCUACAAAAGAGAUCUCUCCAUGGCAGUAGCACAUCUAAUAAAAGCAUGCUGAGUAUUUAAACAAUGUCGGGACUAUGUUAUACCAGCAAGUUUUGCAGUAGUGCCACCUUUCUGUCGAUAUUUAUCUUCAUAUUUAUACAUGAUCAUGCUUUUUAUUGUUUGGAAAAGAAAGACUUGGCACAUGUUCCCAGCAAAAAUGUGCUUUUUUUUUUUUAAUAUGUAUAUUUUUUUGCUGGUAAUAUAUAUAAUACUAAAACUAAAGGUUGUAAUAUAGGGUUUGGAUAAUGUUUUUGAAGAUCCUCUUUUGGAGGAAAUGACUUCAAUUUUAAUCCAUUGAGUGCUAAAGGGGCGUGCAAGGCAUUCGCACUCAAUGUAUUAUGUGCCUCUCUGGCAGUCAAAAGGUUAAAGGGUUAAAAAAAAAAGACAUGUAAUUUUUAUAAGGCUGAGUCUUGUUAACCACUUAAUCUCCACGUGGUUUCUUUUAAGUAAAGUUCUCUGUUGCUUACCUAGAGCUAUGCACACUAAAUCGCUGAGAUGUUUAAGUAGAUUUAAAGUCAUUACAAUAACUUAAUGAAUUGAAUGAAAUCUAGAUAAACUGUGAUCUCGAUAUCAUUGCAGCAUGUACUAUUAAAUUCCUCCUGUCUCCUGUCGGUUUGUGAAGUGAUUGACAUUUUGUAGCUAGUUAAAAACAAUUAAAAUUAUAAAUUUAA